AUGGGGCGGUUACGGUGGCUCCUUUUUGCGGUAAUAUUCGCGUCGGCAUGCUUCCUGACAGCAAAAGCGGCAGAAAGCAGCGAAAUCGAGGGCGAGGAAAAGCUGGAGCGGUACCCGAUUGCAAUAUUCGAGUGGGAUGAGGUAAAAACCCCGCUCGUCAUUUGCCUAUGGCUUGUCGUCGCGUCGAUAGCAAAAAUUAUUUUCCACCAAAUCCCGCACAUGACGGAGAUGUUCCCCGACUCGUCGCUGCUCAUCAUGAUCGGGCUGAUUAUCGGCAUUGUCCUGAGCGCGAUCGGCGUCGAUAAGAGCGAAUACUUCCUCAGUAAGCAGGUUUUCUUCCUCUACCUGUUGCCACCGCUGGUUUUUGAUGCUGGUUAUUUUAUGCCUGCCCGUCAAUUCUUCGACAACCUCGGGUCGAUUCUGACGUUUGCCAUGAUUGGGACGACUUGGAAUAUUGCUUCUAUUGCCCUCUCGCUGUGGGCCAUCGGGCUGACCGGCAUCUUUUCCGUCGAGGUGCCACUCAUUCACUGUCUUCUAUUCGGAUCCGUGGCCGCUGAUGUCGACCCCGUGGCUGUGAUCGUCAUUUUUGAGGAGCUCGGAGUCAACGACAUCCUCUUCAUUUCCGUCUUUGGCGAAUCGCUCCUCAAUGACGGAGUGGCUGUCGUGUUCUACCGUAUGUUCGAGGACUACACGAUCAUCGGCUCCGAGAAUCUGAUCUCGAGGGAUUUCUACUAUGGAGCCAUCUCGUACAUGGUCGUCGCUUUUGGCGGUAUCGGAAUUGGGCUGCUUUUCGCUGCUGGAGCUUGUUUUAUCACGAAGUACACUCGCGAAGUCAACAUCCUCAACCCGGUCUUCGUCCUCGUCGUCCCGUACCUAUGCUAUCUGACUGCAGAACUGUUUGGUUUAUCAAGUAUUAUGGGAAUAGUGUUCUGUGGCGCGGCGAUGAAGCAGUACAUGAAGGAGAACUUGCCGGAGAAGUCGUCCAACGCCAUCUCCUACUUUAUUAAGGUGAUCUCCCUCUCUUCCGAAACCGUCAUCUUCGUGUUCCUCGGUCUGUCCACGGUGUCAUCCGAUCAUCACUGGGACACUCCCUUCAUCAUCCUCACCGUCGUCUUCUGCCUCAUCUACCGUACCCUGGGCGUGGUCGUCAUGUGCGGAAUCCUGAAUCGCUACCGGUUGUUCAAGUUCACGAAGGUCGAUCAGUUCAUCAUGGCCUAUGGAGGACUUCGUGGGGCCAUCGCCUACGGAUUGGUGGUCGCUUUGCCCAACAUCCCGGCGAAAAACAUGUUCAUCACCUCGUGCAUCAUCAUCGUCUACUUUACUGUAUUCUUGCAAGGUCUAACUCUCAAGCCGAUCGCCGAGUUCCUGCAGGUCGAGCUGAAGAACGAGCACAAGAAGAACAUGACGGAGUAUAUCUAUCAGGAGCUGAUCGAUACGACAAUGUCUGGAAUGGAGGACAUCGCCGGUUUCAAAGGACAUCACUGGAUCCGUGACACAUGGCAACACGUCAACCACCACUACAUCAAGAGGUUGCUGGUGAACAAGAAGAGCCUGAAGACGAUGGACCAGACGAAGAUCGUCAGAAUGUACAAGCGGUUGCAGAUGCAGGACGCGAAGGAGCUCGUUCGGGGCGGCAACAACCUGCACAAGAACCAAGUCUUCGUCCAGGCCCUCAUCGAGCACACGAGGAGCCGCACCGGCUCGGCGGGCGCUGGAACCCCCGGCGGUGGCGGAGCUGCCGGAAGUACCGUGAUCAACCUGCGCAGCCUGCAGGAGCACCACGGUGUUGCCGUCUACGAGCACAUGAGCAACAGCAGCGACGACGAGGAGUCGGUGGUGCGCACCGUCGACUCGUAUACGCUAGAGGAGGUCAUAGAGGCUAGGGUG